GGGAAAAAGUAAUCCCGGAAAAUCUCGUAAAGGAGAAUAAGGGAUUCAAAAUCCUCGUCCUGGGUUUGCUUUCUUACCUAUUAAUGGAAAAAGUCACAGCUCAAAAGCGAGUGAAAGAAAAAAUCAAUUCUUUUUCUGUGUGUAAAAGAAGCCACAAAUCGAGAAAUCAAUUUUUUAGAAUAUCUCCUUUAGCAUUCCUUUCUUCCUCGUAGAGCAAUCGUAUAACCCUAAACCCCACUCCACGAAUCUCAUCUCCUGUUCCCGCUUCACUUUCUUCUGCACAUAUAUAUAUUCACAAAAAGGGGGAAGAAGAAGAUGGGUAUUAAGAUAAUCAUCGAUUCUUCGAGUAUUGAAGAAGAGGAAUUUGAAAUUGAUCAGUUAUGGCGAGUACUAGUGGUGGAAGAGCCGAAGAUGGGCGGCCGCCGCAGAUGCAGCCAGUUCGGUCUAUGUCUCGGAGGAUGACACGAGCUGGGACCAUGAUGAUUGAUCAUCCUAAUGAAGAUGAAAGUGCUAUUGACAGCGAGCUUGUUCCUUCUUCUCUCGCUUCCAUUGCUCCCAUUCUUCGUGUUGCCAAUGAUAUUGAAGAAGAUAACCCAAGGGUUGCUUACCUCUGUCGCUUCCAUGCAUUUGAGAAGGCUCAUAGAAUGGAUCCAACAUCAAGUGGACGAGGCGUUCGUCAAUUUAAGACCUAUCUAUUGCACAAGCUUGAGAAGGAGGAAGAGAUUACAGAACCUAUGCUGGCGAAGAGUGACCCGAGAGAAAUUCAGUUGUACUAUCAGACCUUCUAUGAGAAUAAUAUACAAGAAGGAGAAGGGAAAAAGACACCGGAGGAGAUGGCCAAGCUUUACCAGAUAGCGACAGUCUUGUAUGAUGUUUUAAAGACAGUGGUUCCUCAAGCAAGAAUUGACGAGAAGACCCUUAGAUAUGCCAAAGAAGUUGAAAGAAAGAAAGAACAGUAUGAACACUACAACAUUCUUCCCUUGUACGCUUUAGGGGCUAAAACUGCAGUAAUGGAACUCCCGGAGAUUAAGGCGGCAAUUAUUGCUGUCUGCAAUGUUGACAAUCUUCCUCGGCCAAGAUUCCAUUCAGCCUCAGCUAACCUGGAUGAAGUGGAUAGAGAAAGAGGCAGAUCUUUUAAUGAUAUUCUCGAGUGGCUUGCUUUGGUUUUUGGUUUUCAGCGAGGAAAUGUAGCUAAUCAGAGGGAGCAUCUCAUACUGCUACUUGCCAACAUCGAUGUGAGGAAGAGGGAUCUCGAGAAUUAUGUCGAGCUAAAGCCUAGCACCGUGCGGAAGUUGAUGGAAAAAUACUUCAAGAAUUACAGGUCAUGGUGCAAGUAUUUGCGGUGUGAGUCAUAUUUGAGGUUUCCUCCAGGUUGCGAUGAGCAACAACUGAGCCUUUUGUAUAUCAGCCUUUAUCUUCUCAUAUGGGGUGAAGCAUCAAAUGUCCGCUUCAUGCCUGAAUGUCUUUGCUACAUUUUCCACAAUAUGGCCAAUGAAGUCCAUGGAAUUCUAUUUGGCAAUGUGUACCCUGUAACUGGGGACACAUAUGAGGCAGGUGCACCUGACGAGGAGGCAUUCUUAAGGAAUGUUAUAACACCAAUCUACCAGGUCUUACGUAAGGAAGUCAGGAGAAACAAAAUGGGAAAGGCAAGCCAUUCAAAAUGGAGAAACUAUGAUGAUCUGAAUGAGUACUUUUGGGAUAAGAGGUGUUUUAGGCUGAAAUGGCCAAUGAACUCUAAGGCAGAUUUUUUCAUCCACACUGAUGAGAUCUCACCACUUCCGAAUGAGAGACAUGACCAAGUAUCUCAUGGAAAAAGGAAACCUAAAACUAAUUUUGUUGAAGCUCGCACGUUUUGGAACCUCUAUCGAAGUUUCGACCGAAUGUGGAUGUUCCUUGUAUUGUCUCUACAGACUAUGAUAAUAGUUGCAUGGCACCCGUCAGGAUCCAUUCUUGCCAUUUUUUAUGAGGAUGUCUUUAGAAACGUGUUAACCAUUUUCAUCACUUCAGCUUUUCUUAAUCUUCUACAAGCGACACUGGAUUUAAUUCUUAGUUUUGGUGCUUGGAAGAGCCUAAAGUUUUCCCAAAUUAUGCGGUACAUCACGAAAUUUUUAAUGGCAGCCAUGUGGGCCAUCAUGUUGCCAAUUACUUACUCGAAGUCAGUCCAGAAUCCAACUGGACUAAUAAAGUUCUUCAGCAGCUGGGUUGGGAGUUGGCUUCACCAGUCGUUAUACAACUAUGCUAUUGCCUUAUAUGUCUUACCAAAUAUUUUGGCUGCUGUGUUUUUCUUACUUCCACCUCUGCGGAGAAUCAUGGAGCGAUCAAACAUGCGAAUUGUCACACUUAUCAUGUGGUGGGCUCAGCCUAAAUUGUAUAUUGGUAGAGGAAUGCAUGAAGAAAUGUUUGCACUUUUCAAGUAUACAUUCUUUUGGGUCAUGCUGUUACUAAGCAAGCUCGCUUUCAGCUACUAUGUGGAGGUUUAUUUUAUGGAUACACAAAUAUGGUAUGCCAUAUUCUCUACUCUAUUUGGUGGGAUAUAUGGAGCUUUCAGCCAUCUCGGGGAGAUACGCACACUUGGAAUGUUGCGGUCCAGAUUUAAACUUGUUCCAUCUGCUUUCUGUAUUAAACUUACACCGUUAUCUCCCGGUCAUGCAAAGAGAAAGCACUUGGACGACACAGUGGACGAAGAAGACAUUGCGAGGUUCUCACAGGUGUGGAAUAAGUUCAUACUUACUAUGCGGGAUGAAGAUCUGAUCAGCGAUAGGGAAAGAGAUUUGCUACUUGUACCUUCGUCUUCUGGAGAUGUUUCUGUUGUGCAAUGGCCUCCUUUCUUGCUUGCUAGCAAGAUUCCAAUAGCAUUAGACAUGGCUAAAGAUUUCAAGGGAAAAGAGGACGUUGACUUAUUCAAGAAAAUUAAAAGCGAAUACUAUAUGCAUUACGCAGUGGUUGAGGCUUAUGAAACCGUGAGAGACAUAAUAUAUGGCCUUCUUCAAGAUGAAUCUGAUAAGAGGAUUGUACGGGAGAUUUGCUAUGAAGUAGAUGUUAGCAUCCAACAACAUAGAUUUUUAAGUGAAUUCCGGAUGACUGGUAUGCCUUUGCUCAGUGACAAGCUAGAGAAAUUCUUAAAAAUCCUGCUAAGUGAUUACGAGGAAGAUGAAACUUACAAGUCUCAGAUAAUCAAUGUUCUCCAGGAUAUUAUUGAAAUCAUCACGCAAGAUGUUAUGGUUAACGGUCAUGAAAUCCUUGAAAGGGCUCAUUUUCAAAGUGGUGAUAUUGAAAGCGAGAAGAAAGAACAACGGUUUGAAAAGAUAGAUCUUCGUCUGACUCAGAACAUAUCUUGGAGGGAAAAGGUUGUAAGACUUUUGUUACUUGUGACUGUUAAAGAAUCCGCAAUAAAUAUCCCUCAAAGUUUGGAAGCUCGUCGUCGUAUGACAUUCUUUGCAAAUUCCUUAUUCAUGAAUAUGCCAGAUGCUCCCCGAGUUCGUGACAUGUUAUCCUUUAGUGUCUUAACUCCUUAUUACAAAGAGGAUGUUCUCUAUUCGGAGGAAGAACUGAACAAGGAAAACGAAGAUGGAAUAACUAUUUUGUUUUACCUACAGAGGAUAUAUCCUGAGGAAUGGUCAAACUAUUGCGAACGUGUAAAUGAUUUGAAACGGAAUUUAUCUGAGAAAGACAAGGCUGAGCAACUCCGCCAAUGGGUAUCUUAUAGAGGCCAGACCCUUUCAAGGACAGUUAGGGGAAUGAUGUACUACAGAGUGGCUCUCGAACUUCAAUGUUUCCAGGAAUACACUGGAGAAAACGCUACCAAUGGUGGCUUUCUUCCCUCAGAAUCAAAUGAAGAUGAUCGAAAGGCUUUUACUGACCGUGCACGAGCUCUUGCAGAUUUAAAAUUCACAUAUGUGGUGUCAUGUCAGGUCUAUGGGAACCAGAAAAAGUCAAGUGAAAGCCGGGACCGGAGUUGUUACAAUAACAUUUUACAGCUCAUGCUAAAGUAUCCGUCCUUGCGUGUUGCCUAUAUAGAUGAAAGGGAGGAGACAGUUAAUGGAAAAUCACAGAAAGUAUUCUACUCUGUGCUGCUCAAAGGAUGUGACAAAUUAGAUGAGGAAAUAUAUCGUAUCAAACUUCCCGGCCCUCCCACUGAAAUUGGUGAAGGAAAACCUGAGAAUCAAAACCAUGCCAUCAUUUUCACUCGCGGUGAAGCACUCCAGACCAUAGACAUGAACCAGGACAACUACUUUGAAGAGUCUUUCAAAAUGAGAAACGUGCUACAAGAAUUUGAUGAAGGUCGACGUGGCAAGAGAAAUCCUACAAUUUUGGGUCUUCGUGAACACAUAUUUACUGGAAGUGUUUCUUCACUUGCUUGGUUCAUGUCGAAUCAAGAAACAAGUUUCGUAACCAUCGGCCAACGUGUUCUGGCAAAUCCUCUGAGGGUGCGUUUCCAUUAUGGCCAUCCUGAUAUAUUUGAUAGAAUCUUCCACAUCACAAGGGGAGGCAUUAGCAAGGCUUCAAAGAUAAUAAACUUAAGCGAAGAUAUCUUUGCAGGGUACAAUUCAACUCUUCGUGGGGGUUACAUCACACAUCACGAGUAUAUUCAAGCAGGGAAAGGGCGUGAUGUAGGGAUGAAUCAGAUUUCAUUUUUUGAAGCCAAAGUUGCGAAUGGUAAUGGAGAACAAACACUAAGUCGUGACGUUUACCGACUUGGACGCCGGUUUGAUUUCUACAGGAUGCUCUCAUUCUACUUCACCACAGUUGGUUUCUAUUUCAGUAGUAUGAUAACGGUGCUCACGGUAUAUGUGUUCCUUUAUGGGCGUCUUUAUCUGGUAUUGAGCGGAUUAGAAAAAGAGAUCCUGCAAAGUGCAACUGUACAUCAGUCCAAUGCCCUUGAGCAGGCAUUAGCUGCCCAAUCUGUUUUCCAAUUAGGUUUUCUGAUGGUUCUACCAAUGGUUAUGGAAAUUGGCCUAGAAAAAGGGUUUCGCACGGCCUUGGGUGAUUUCAUCAUAAUGCAGCUUCAGCUUGCCUCUGUUUUCUUCACGUUUCAGCUUGGAACGAAAGCCCAUUACUUUGGAAGGACAAUUUUGCAUGGAGGCUCUAAGUACCGAGCAACUGGUCGAGGGUUUGUUGUUUUCCAUGCGAAGUUUGCGGAAAACUACAGACUAUAUUCGCGAAGCCACUUUGUUAAGGGACUGGAGUUGGUCAUACUACUCGUUGUGUAUCAAGUUUAUGGAACUUCAUACCGUAGCUCAAGUACUUAUCUAUACAUCACAUUUUCUAUGUGGUUCCUGGUGACUUCUUGGUUGUUUGCUCCAUUCAUAUUCAACCCAUCUGGGUUUGAGUGGCAAAAGACGGUGGACGACUGGACUGACUGGAAACGAUGGAUGGGAAACCGUGGUGGCAUAGGAAUCGUUCUUGACAAAAGUUGGGAAUCAUGGUGGGAUAUAGAGCAAGAACACCUCAAGCACACAAAUUUAAGAGGAAGGGUUCUAGAGAUACUUCUCGCUUUGCGUUUCCUCCUUUACCAGUAUGGAAUUGUCUACCACCUCAACAUCGCUCACCGCGACACAACAUUUCUGGUUUAUGGACUCUCUUGGGCCGUCUUGUUGUCUGUUCUUCUCGUGCUAAAGAUGGUAUCAAUGGGUAGACGGAAGUUUGGUACAGAUUUUCAGGUUAUGUUCAGGAUUCUCAAGGUGCUUCUCUUCCUUGGUUUCUUGUCAAUCAUGACACUAUUAUUUGUAGUCUGCGGCCUCACAGUCUCGGAUCUUUUUGCUUCCAUCCUCGCUUUCUUGCCUACUGGAUGGGCUCUUCUUCUUAUCGGGCAAGCGCUGCGUAGCGUAUUCAAGGGAUUAGGAUUCUGGGACUCAGUGAAAGAGCUAGGGAGAGCUUAUGAGUACAUAAUGGGGCUUGUGAUAUUCACACCCAUUGCGGUCUUAUCGUGGUUCCCAUUUGUGUCCGAGUUCCAAACCAGACUGUUGUUUAAUCAAGCCUUCAGUCGCGGUCUGCAGAUAUCUAUGAUUCUCGCCGGAAAGAAAGACAAAGAGACACCUUCCACCAAGUAGUGUGGCUCAAAGCGCUCUCUUCUUCUUCGUCUUCUCCAUUUUUUCUUUCAUCUCCAUUCUUUUUCAUCUGUUUAAUUGACUGUCCUUGAGAACAUAGAAAAGAUGUUUAGACUACUUGUGAUAAGACUUCAUACUCAUAGUACAUGUUGUUGUUCAGACUAGGCCAUUUGUUCAAGUAGGUAUACUAAAAGUCUGCGACAAUC